AUGAUUAAAGUGAUAAUUAUCCUGACAAUUGUCACGUGCGCGUGCUCAAGACCCGCGAGUUUUAAUUCAGAAAAGAAAAUAACUCCUUUUAGUACUAAAACGUUGGAAUCGAUGCUGGAAAAAGCUAUUUUAAAGAUAAUUACAGGCGAGCUUAGCAAUGGAGAUUUGUUGCUUUUAAGGAGCUUGAAUUAUAGUCUAGAAGAAGUUUUGGAGAUUCGCGAAAGAGAACUUGCUAAAAAAGAGGACAAUUUGUUGUCUAAGGAGAAUUUUUCUACCGGAAAAUUCGAAGAUUCUGACGGAGUUGACGUUGCAGAGUACAACAGGCAAGCUGUUUUGGAUUAUGAAACUUUAGCGAAUAAAAUGGAGGAGGAAAAGGAGGAAAUUCAGGAGGUAGAGCCGGAAAAUGAACAUUUGGCUUUUGAUAAAGCGAUGGAGCCGCACGUGGUGUUUAAGAUUAGGUUUAAUGAAACGGAAGAUCAAGAAGGUGAUUUAGGAGGUGCUCUUCCUAAUUUAGAUUCAGGAGGAAGCACUCCAAGAUCGGAAUUAGGUUUAUUUCCUGGGAAUCGUUCUAAUGAAAAUGAUGCUAAUUUGACCAGAAGGGAGUACGAAGGGUUAGAAUGGGUGGAAGACGAUGUUUACCGAGUAAUUCCGGAGGCUUUGGAUCAGGAAAUCCUCCAGGAGUUUAAGGAAGAGCAGGAGGAGGAAGAAGAGGAGAAGGUGGAGAAGCUGGGGGAUUAUGCAGCGGAUCAGGAGGUUGACAAUGCCAAUUUGUCCGCCUAUCAGCAAUUGGCGCUGGCUCAUCGGAGAGACCAAGGACAGAAGGCCAUCGAGGACAUAAAACUACGGGUCCUGGCGAUGACCGGCCGGUUUAAUCUCUCCACUUCUGACAAUCAGGUCCAGAGGGAGCGACUCACUAUGUUUACGCCGACUUGUGAAAUUCCUAAAAAUACCGACGCUGAAUCCUGGAUUGAUCCUUUUUCGAUGAACAUGUUCUUUCAACUUAAUUUAACAGCCGAGGAACAUAUUGUCGCUGCGAAGUUACGAUUGUUUAAACUCCCGCAAAAUGAAACUUUGGCAACUACUAGCAGCCCUUCCGAAGAAGAGGAUGGAGAAGAAAAGAAAGUUAGGAUUUCUAUUUACUAUUAUAUGAGGUCGCUUAAAAAAUAUCGAUUGACUCCCCUAACCUCAGAAGGCAGCCAUCUUGCCUUGGACGUGAGACAAGCUCUAAGAUACUGGAGACAAGCCCCCAAAGUAACCAGCGGGACUAAUAACCACGGCCUGGUGGUCCAAGUCGAGGACCAAGAUGGCAGACCCCUAAAACCAGGACUUUUUAUCCAAAGGGAUGGCUGCCAAGAGGAAAACUCAGAUAACAAGGCAUACCAACGCGUCCCUGCACUCUUCUUUAGAGCCUGUUCUCGUUACGUUCGCGUCGUAAAUGAAGAGGCCGUGACUUACGUGGACUGUAGUCAUAGACAUAGAUCUGCGAGGCAUCGUAAUAGAUCGUAA